AUGAUGGCUCAACGUCGCAACAACAACAAUCACAUCAACAUCAACAUGGACAGGCGCGAGGGCUCGUCCCGCUACACCAGCGGUAUACCGCGCAACUCUACCACUCGACCAGCAGCGCGUACGCCGCUGACCUCCUCGACUCUUCGGACACCUCUCACUUCCUCGACGCUCGGCAAGCGCGGCGCUGCGGACGCAGGCAUGCGAGACGACACGGCGUCUGUCCGCAAGAGCCUCGCGUCUUCGCAGCUACGCACGACAACGCUCGAACGCCGCGUUCUCGAGCUCGAGCAACAGGUGGCCGACAAGGACAGAAUCGCUGCGGAGCUGCGCGCCGAGAAUGCGCGCCUUGAGAACGAGCGGCACCAGCUCUACGAAUCCGAGACGCGGAGGAAGAACGACAUCGACGAGCAGGUGCGGUCUUGGACUGCGGAGAAGGCCGAGUACGAUGCGAAGCUGAGCAAGUACCGCUCCCAAGCGAACAAGGUUUCGGCUGUGUUUGAGGAGCAGGACUCGAAUAUCGCCAACCUCCGGAGAAGCUACAACCGCGUACAGCGCGACCUGCGGGAGAAGGAGGUGCUAUACACGGGGCGGAUCAAGGAGCUCGAAAGCGAGCGCGACAAGCUGCAUAAGUAUGAGCAGCGGUCGCAGCACCUGGCGAUCGAAGUCGAAGUGCUCCGGCGCAAGGUGGAUGCGAAGCGUGACCGGUCACCGGGGAGGGCAGAUGACGGGAUGCCAAACGAGAAUAGGAGACAAUCUGUCUCACUCCAGUCGCAGCAGAGCAAGAUCGACCAACUGCAAGGCGAGGUGUUCGACCUGCGUCGGUGGAAGAAGGACGCUGAGGGGCGCGAGAGGCAAGUCGUCGAGGACAAGGCCAAGUUGCGCCGACAGGUGCAGGCACUCGAGGACGAAGUGAUCCGGCUGCGGCACGAGCGGGACUCCUUAACACAGACGUUCAAGGGCGCAUCAUCCGACGAGGUCACACAGUUGCAGGUGCAGCUUGCUGCCAAGGACGAGCUGUACCAGGAGCUCGCUGCGAAGUAUGAAUCGACCAACGCCGAGUUGGACGACUCGCGGCGACGCACGGCUCAGCUCUCGGACGACAGCAUCGCGGCCAUCCUUGAGUUGAAGGGACGCGUGCACAGUCUCGAGCGUGCGCAGCGCAACGCUUCCGAGGGCCAGCGGUACGCCGAGGCGCGAGUGGAGGGCCUCAAACGUGAGCUUGAGGCGGCGCGCUUGGGCCCUGGUGGCGAGGGGCCAUGGGGUAACAAAAUGCGGGCUCUCGAAGCAGCCGUUGCGGAGUACAAGGGCGCGCUGGACGCGUUUCAGGAUGAGGCUGCGGAGGUGGAGGCCCGCGUUGCGCGCGGUGCGGGUUUGGUCAAGGCUUCUGCAUUCGAGGAAGCGGAGGCACGCGUGUCCAAACUCGAGAGCGAGAGGGCCGAGUUGGCCGCCACGGUUGAGGAGCUCACCAAGGCCAACACGGCUCUCGACGCCGACAUUGCUGAGCUGAUGCGCCGUGUCGCGAGCGGCGAGUACAAUACCGAGCGGGAGCGCGUCCUCGAGCUGCGCGACAAUCCCGCCGCACGGGUCCAUGCCGUGCGCCGCGCGCAGCUAGACGACCUGCAAACCGAGAAUGCUGCACUUCUUACCCGCCUCAAGGAGCUGGACAUUGCCCCAUCCGAGGGCGGGACGGGCCUUGUCCCGCGCGCAAGUUACGACCGCCUGGAGAAGGAGCGCGAUGCGGCUGCCGCCGCCCACGAGAAGCGUCUACUGCGCCUUAAAGAGAUCUUCGGCCUCAAAAGUCGCGAGUUCCUGGAGGCCGUGUAUUCGCUCCUCGGGUGGCGCAUCAAGUUCGAGGAGAACGGCGGCGAGCUACGCCUCACGUCCAUGUACGCUCCCAAGGGCAAGAUGGGCCUCACUCUCAAGUUUACGUCUGACGAAGGCCACUUCGGCACCAUGCACAUGAGCGGUGCGAUGAAGCGCGGUCUCGAGGAGGCUCACCAGUUCUGGGUCGUCGAGCGGCAGAGUAUUCCGGGUUUCCUCGCACAGGUGACCACCGAGAUGUUCGAGAAGACGACGUUUGGGCGUGCAGCUGGCUAUGUCGGCCUGGGUGUCGAGCAGUAG